GGGUUUUUGUGAACUAGGGUUUUGUUUUUGGUCCUAUACGAAAUUCAGUAAUCUGAUAAUUAUUUACAACAAUAUACGCGUAUAUUAGCGUUGUAGGUUUGUGAAAAUUGUUGUGCAGAUUGAUAAUUUGUGGAGUUGAUUUUGGAAUUUUAGUUGGAGCAAUCUGCUUCGAGUUUCGGAGAGCGAUGGCUUCUCUUUUCAAGGAUCCAUCGAAGCUUUCAGCAUAUAGGGAUCGAAGAUUUCCUGGAUCACAGGAGGACUUUGAACACGCACUCCUGACAUCAAUUACCGUUUAUGUGGGGAAUAUGUCAUUUUAUUCAACAGAAGAGCAAGUUUAUGAGCUCUUCUCUCGAGCUGGGGAAAUUAAGAAGAUAAUUAUGGGCUUGGAUAAGAACUCAAAAACUCCUUGCGGCUUUUGUUUUGUCUUGUACUACUCUCGAGAAGAUACUGAGGAUGCUGUCAAGUAUAUAAGUGGGACAAUUCUUGAUGAUCGUCCUAUUCGUGUGGAUUUUGAUUGGGGAUUCCAGGAAGGCAGGCAAUGGGGCCGUGGUCGAAGUGGUGGACAGGUGCGUGAUGAAUAUCGUACCAAUUAUGAUCCUGCUAGAGGCGGUUAUGGAAAAUUAGUUCAGAGGGAGCUGGAAGCAAGGCAGCUUGUUGAUUAUGGUACUGGUUCAUUGGGCUCUUUCCCACCAGUUAUGCCACCUCAGUAUGGUGGUGGUGGUAGACAUGGUGGAAGUCAUGGUCAUGUGGGUUCUUAUCGUAAAGAUUACCAUCGGAAGCGACACCGAGAUGAUGACCGCCAUGGGCAUGAGGCCUCAAAGAGAGCCUCUGAUCAUGAAUCCAGAAGAAGCUCUGAUCACGAAUCCAGACCGGAGAAGAAUCCACGAUUUCGUGAGAGUGGCGAUUCUGAUGAUGACGAGGAAGAUGACCGGAAACGGCGGUCUUAGCCAGAUUCUUGCUACUGUAUUUUGAUCUAUAGAAUAGCAUUUCUGUGCUUUGAUAGCAAGAGAUGUUCCCAAAUUUGGUGGGGUGUUUCAUGUAAUGGUACAAAAACCGUAAAACAACAGAUUUGGCUUUCCCUCUCCCCCUCAGAAUGCCUAAAAUUGCUCCCGGAAUUAUGCACCUUUCCAAUGUCUAAUGCCGGAAAUCCUGCUAAUGGCGGGCAUUGCAUCAAACUGUGAAACAACAGAUUUUUCCUUUUUCUUUUGAAGUAUUUUUUAUUUUUUA